GCGGCCCGGGGCUGGGGAGGCCGCCUCCGCCUCCGCGAUGCCGCUGCUGGUGGAGGGGCGGCGAGUGCGGCUGCCGCAGUCCGCCGGGGACCUGGUCCGAGCCCACCCGUCUCUGGAGGAAAGAGCCAGACUUCUCAGAGGUCAGUGUGUUCAACCAGUGGGACCCCAGGGCCUUCUGUAUGUUCAGCAAAGAGAGCUGGCAGUGACCUCCCCAAAGGAUGGCUCCAUCUCCAUUCUGGGUUCUGAUGAUGCCACCACUUGUCACAUUGUGGUCCUGAGGCACACAGGUAACGGGGCCACCUGCCUGACACACUGUGAUGGAACCGACACCAAAGCCGAGGUCCCCUUGAUCAUGAACUCCAUAAAGUCCUUUCCCGACCACUCUGAAUGUGGCAGGCUGGAGGUGCACCUCGUGGGAGGCUUCAGUGACGACAGGCAGCUGUCACAAAAACUCACGCAUCAACUCCUUAGUGAAUUUGACAAACAGGAAGAUGACAUUCAUUUAGUGACAUUAUGUGUCACAGAAUUAAAUGACCGGGAAGAAAAUGAAAACCACUUUCCAAUCAUUUAUGGCAUUGCUGUCAACAUUAAAACUGCAGAGAUUUACCGAGCCUCCUUCCGAGACCGAGGUCCCGAGGAGGAGCUGCGCGCUGCGCGGGCGUUGGCCGGGGGACCAAUGAUUAGCAUUUAUGAUGCAAAGACAGAACAACUUCGAAUAGGACCGUAUUCCUGGAUGCCAUUUCCACAUGUGGAUUUCUGGUUGCAGCAAGAUGAUAAGCAAAUACUAGAGAACCUUUCCACUUCACCUUUGGCCGAGCCCCCCCACUUUGUUGAACACAUUAGAUCUACCUUGAUGUUUUUAAAAAAAUACCCAUCUCCAACUAACACACUGUUUCCUGGAAAUAAAGCUCUACUCUACAGAAAAAAUGAAGAUGGCUUAUGGGAAAAGAUCACUUCUCCAGGAAGCUGAAAAUAGGAAUUACCAAAGACCAGUGUGGGGGCUGGAAGAGCAUGGACUUGGGGUCUACAGCCGUUGAGUCGUAGGUCUCUUUCCUUACUUUGAAAAUAAAAUCUUAUUUUGGCA